AUGGUAAGCAUCUUUUCUACCAGGCUGUCUCGCUGGGAAGAAGAGGAACCAACGUCUCGAGGCAUGGUUAUGCCUGAAGCGCUGUUUCGCGCCGGCGUUGCCUUGAGCCUGGCUUGGGGGUGGCCUCUGUUUGCGGCAGCGCUGCUACUAGGGUUCAACGGCCUCCUCAGGCGUGGAGAGGUCCUCGGACUACUGCGCUGUGAACUCAUCUUGACGUGCGAUCUCCUGAGUUGCAGGCAGGUGGCCUUUGUGCGCGUCCAGUGCUCGAAGACGAGCAGGUUCAUGCUCCGGCAGCAUGCUAAGAUUCGGAUGCUCUCUCUGUUCGCUUUCUUUCCGCGCUCUUCGCAGACCAACCGCCUGAGGCUCAGCCUUUUUGCUUGCUCCCCUGCGGUCUUUCGCAGGCGUUGGGACGAAGUUUUCAGCUUUCUUCAUGUGCCAACUGCGGAGGUGAAUCUCGGGGUGACACCUAAGUCACUGCGUGGUUCCAGAGCGACCUGGCUUUACCAGGAGACCGAGGACAUCGAGAGAAUCCAAUGGGGAGGACGUUGGCAACAGCGCAGAACAUUGGAGCAUUACCUGCAAGACGUGGCAGGUCAGCUCCUCCUCGCCAGCUUGACAAAGAGUCAACGGCUACAUGUCUCUGAGCUGUCUGCUUUCGCGGAACCAUUACUGAGUACGUACAUUGAGUUGGUCCCGUCUGCACAUAGCUGA